AUGGCUGAAGUAAAUCAUUCUACAGUGUCUGAGUUUGUGCUGUUGGGACUUUGUGAUUCAUGGGAACUUCAGGUUUUCUUUUUUCUUUUGAUUUUGGUGCUCUACCUGGUCAUUGUUUUAGGUAAUAUCUUUAUUGUGGUUUUAGUUGUUACUGACUCUCAUCUCCAUUCUCCCAUGUACUUCCUGUUGGCUAACCUUUCUUUUGUUGAUUUGUUGCUUUCCUCAGUCACUACUCCAAAGAUGAUCACAGACUUGCUCAAGGAAAACAAAACCAUCUCCUUUGAGGGCUGCAUGUGUCAGAUCCUCUUUGUGCAUUUUGUUGGAGGAGGUGAGAUGGUGCUGCUUGUGGCCAUGGCUUAUGACCGUUAUGUAGCUAUAUGCAAACCACUCCACUACACAUCCAUCAUGAGCCAAAGAAGAUGCAUUUGGCUUGUAAUGAUCUCAUGGACUAUUGGAUUCAUACACUCUAUGAGUCAAUUAGUUGUGAUUGUAGAUCUGCCUUUCUGUGGCCCUAGAGUAGUGAACAGUUUUUUCUGUGACAUCCCACUGGUGAUUGAGCUUGCCUGCAUUGAUUCCUAUUCCCUGGGAAUCUUGAUGAAUUCUGACAGUGGUGUUCUUGCUAUGACAUGCUUCAUUGUCUUACUGAUCUCCUAUACUUACAUUCUACUCACAGUCCGCCAUUACUCCAAAGUUGGGGUAUCCAAGGCACUCUCCACUUGCACUGCUCAUAUUAUGGUGGUAGUAUUAUUCUUUGGACCCUGCAUCUUUAUCUAUGUGUGGCCACUUAACAUAACAUCAGUGGACAAAUUUCUUGCUGUGUUUUACUCAGUCAUCACACCUCUCCUGAAUCCAGCUAUCUAUACCUUCAGAAACAAAGAGAUCAAAGUUUCCCUGAGAAGAUUUAAAAAUCAGUAUGUGAAAUCUAGGUGGAAUUUGUAA